GCGGUGCCCUGCCCGGAGCGCGGCGAGGGAGUCUCCUGCAAGCGCCGCGGCCCCGGGACCUGGCCCAGAGCAGCCCCCGGAGCGCAGCAUGAGCAGCUCGCAGUUCAACAAGGGCCCGUCCUACGGCUUGUCCGCGGAGGUCAAGAGCAGGCUUGCCCAGAAGUACGAUCCCCAGAAGGAGGCUGAGCUGAGGAUAUGGAUCGAGAGCAUCACCGGGAAGGAGAUCGGCCCCGAUUUCCAGUUGGGGCUGAAGGAUGGAGUGAUCCUCUGCGAGCUCAUGAACAAGCUGCAGCCAGGCUCAGUGAGGAAGAUCAACCGCUCGGCUCAGACCUGGCACCAGCUGGAGAACCUCUCCAACUUCAUCAAGGCCAUGGUUCAGUACGGCAUGAACCCCGUCGACCUCUUUGAAGCCAAUGACUUCUUCGAGACCGGGAACAUGACGCAGGUGCAGGUGUGCCUGCUGGCUCUGGCAGGCAUGGCAAAGACCAAGGGGAUACAAAGCGAUGUGGACAUCGGGGUGAAAUACUCGGAGAAACAACAGAGGAACUUUGACGAUGCAAAAAUGAAGGCCGGCCAGUGUGUCAUCGGGCUUCAGAUGGGCACAAACAAGUGUGCAAGCCAGUCUGGCAUGACGGCCUACGGCACCAGGAGACAUCUCUAUGAUCCCAAAAACCAGAUCCUGGCCCCCAUGGACCAUUCCACCAUCAGCCUUCAGAUGGGCACCAACAAGUGUGCCAGCCAGGUGGGCAUGACGGCUCCUGGCACGAGGAGACACAUCUACGACACCAAAAUGGGCACCGAGAAGUGCGACAACACCUCCAUGUCCCUCCAGAUGGGCUCCAACCAGGGAGCCAAUCAGAGCGGCCAGAUCUUCGGCCUGGGCCGACAGAUCUACGAUCCCAAGUACUGUCCCCAGGGCAAUGCCGGUGACGUGGCCAACGCAGUGUACGACCAGAGCACGGACCCACCGGAGUACCACUACUACCGAGAAGAGGAGGGCUACUGAGCCCUGGGUCCUGCCUGGCCACAAGGCCACCUCCCCAGGCCAGCUCGUGUGCGGAUCUCUGUUGCCGGCAACACUCCAGUAUCUAUAGCCUCUUUCUGUAACUUUUUUUAAACAAAUCUUGUUUUCUGAGCAAAGACAAAAAUCCCCUGAUCCUAGAGGAGAGAGUUGGUGGCUUCUUAAAACCCUCUUACCUUUGGGGUGUAGCCUGUUGCUCGCAACUUGCAGAAUGCGAACAAGGCAGGCCUUUAAUUGCUGAUGGAGUCCACUUCUAGUCAUGCAGGGAGACACAUACCAGCAAAACAUUGGGGCUACGUGUGUUUCUUGGGGAAGGGAGCGGAGUGGGGAACUUGCUCUCAAAUGGGAUGCAACCUUCUAGCAUUGCAGUCCUCUGCGUUGCAAGAAUGCUGCUUAUUCUUCAUGCUCUGAUGUGAUUCUUGUGACGCUGUCGCAGUUCUAGCAGCAUAGGUGUCGAUGGCAUCAAACACCCCAGGCUUUCCCAAAUGACUCCUGGUUACGCUAGUGAGGUCACGAAAUCUCAAAGGGAAUUAGAGGUGGAUUCUCCCACAUUGGCUCUGGUAAAGCCUUUGCCAGCUCUUCCUGCUUCUGGAGAUCUCGCUCAAAGGGCCAAGGAAUUCUUUUUUAGGUGCCUUUCUAUGAUGCCAAAAGUGAAGCUCUAAAAGGCUCGUGCUCUCUUUUAAUGUAUAUACUUUUAAAGUGAGGCAAGGACAGUAACGUACCUUGGCGACAUCCUAGGGACCAAGUGUUUAACUUAAUAUCUAAAAUACUCUUACGCUGUGGCUCCUUCUCUCUCCUCUCCCCUUUGCCGCCCUCCUUGGAAGGGAAGAGGGAAGGAAGAAUCUUAUUACCUGAUCCUGUAGUUGAUAGUGCUCAGGCAGACAGUGCUGCAUCGGCACAGGCAGCUGCAGGAUGCUGGGUUGUGUAGCCAUUGCCCUGUUGCUAGGACAGUGGAUCCUUACAAAUGUUACAUGCUUUUGUAUGUUAGGCUCCCCCUUAAUUUAAACCAUCAGGAAACUUUUUUUUUUUUUAAGUUGCAUUUGUAUGUGGCCUCCUGAUCAGUGUGUCGACUUGGGCAUUCCUUAGCCAUCCUGUGAUCUGUAGGGGCAGGGAACAACACUGCGCUGCUGGUAAACGACAAGUCCUUAAGAACUGGAUGGGAUCUCGGCCACAGCUGUGUCUGAGGUCAGAGACUUCCUUCUGCGUGUGGAUAACCGAAAUACUGCACAGUCCUCCCCAGGUGCUACUGUCCUUGUAAAGGUAGCUUAGAACUUUUUUUUUUGAAUAAAAUGUGAAACUGUAAUAUUUGAAUAUAGGCAAUAAAAGCUUUCAGAUAAGA